CGGACACAUUUGUCAACAAUAUUUGAAAGAAAUAGGCCUUUUGUGUUUAUAGAAAAAGUCUUAGAUCUUGGAUUUCAGCUCAUACAUAACGGGAGCAAAAACAAAAGUGUUGUUUAUAUUUGUGGUCAGUGUAAGAACAGUUAUUGUAACAGAGACUCUAAAGGACAGUCUAACUUUAUGCCAGUGGUGUGUGUGUAGGCUACUCUUUCCAUGUACAGGAGCGUGAAUAGAGAGUAUUCCUAAAUGGUGUUUUGGAUAUUCAGCAGAGCAAGAUGGCGGCCCCUACAAAACAGUACGGGCUGGUCUUGUCACAGAAGAAAGGAUUGUCAAAGACCCUGCAGAAACACUCGGUGUUCGAGGAUGACUCGGAUGAUGAGACCACAGUUGGGGAGAGUCUGCAGAAAGAAGCUGUCAAAAAGAAGAUGAUGAAGCAGACACGUUUGGAGAUGCAUAAGGCCCUGGACCAGGACAGCACUGUAUAUGACUACGAUGCUGUGUACGAUGACAUUCAAAAACAGAGACUUGAGAGCAACAAAAAAAUUCUUGGAGGUGCUGACAAAAAGCCAAAGUAUAUCCACCAGUUAAUGAAAGCAGUCGAGGACCGAAAAAAAGAACAAGAACGAAGAGACGAGCGGAAGAUCCAGAAGGAAAGAGAGGCAGAGGGAGAACAGUUUGCAGAUAAAGACGCUUACGUUACCUCAGCCUACAAGCAAAAACUGCUGGAGCAGAAGGAGGAGCUGGAGAAAGAGAAAAGACGGGAUGCGUUGGAAGCGGCUUUGGACGUGAAGAAACAAAAAGACCUGAGCGGCUUCUACCGGCACCUGCUGAAUCAGACUGUAGGAGAGGAGGCGAUACCGGAUCACUCGGCAAACAAAACUCAAAACUCAAAGGUUUCAAAAGACGCAGAGAGGACUUCACCUGUUCCCUCAACUACGUCCCAUGACAAUAUCCCAAGUUCAUGCAGCGACAGUGAGGAGGGACAUGAGCAGAAGUCUGGGUUUAGCAAGCCCGGGGUAGGCUCUGCACACUCAAAACGCCAAUACAGACAGAGGUCACCUUCAUCAGGGAGCGGAGAGGAGAAAGAGAAAGAGAAGGAGAAAGACAGACAUAAGAAGAGCCACCGAGAUCAAGACAGAGACAGGGGAAGGGAUAGAGAUAGAGAUAGAGAUAGAGACCGAAACAGGGGAAGGGAUAGGGAUGACAGGCACGGAGGAAGAAGAGAUGACAGGGAUGGAAGGAGAGACAGGGACAGAGACCGAGGCAGAGAAGAUGACAGAGGCAGAGAAGAUGACAGAAGCAGAGGAAAGGAUACAUACAGGGAAGACAGGCACGGGAAGAGGGAGAGGAGCCCUAAGGAAAGAGAGAGGGAUAAGAAUGGGGAAAGAGAGAAGAGGAGGAAUCCAGAUGAAGGCAAGCGGAAGGACAAAGAUCAGGAAGAAGAGAAGGAGAGAAAGAAGGAACCAGAGAAGGAGAAGGCAGUGAAGAGGGAAGAAAAAGAUCCAGAACAUAAGGAAGCAGUCAUAGAAGACGGAGGGGAAAAAGACAAUGAACAGAAACAGGAAGGCGAGGAGAACGAGGAUGUGGAGGAGAAGGGAAACAAGUUUGCAAAGCGUAGCACGGAUCAAACUGUGAAUACGGCGAGAGACAGGUACAUGGCCAGACAAAUGGCACGCUCGUCCUGUAAGACUUAUAUAGAGCAGGAGGAGGACUGAGAGCAGUGCAGCACACGACGCAAGCAUGUCUGAUUUGCCCACAACCUUUAUCUCCAUAGUUAGUAGAAGGCUGAUGUUAUUUUAUGUCUUUCUUUUUCAACAAAUCCAAUGAAAAGACCAAAACCAACAAUGAGUUAGUUCCUUCCUCUGUUAAUACUUUCUGACUCCCCUGCCCAGUUACCCAAGCCCAUUAGCUCCUUCUGAAGAUUGUAAUCUUUAAAAACGGACUCUUUUCGAGGCUCAAUGAUUUCCUACAACAGCUGGCCACUGUGGUAGAGCUGCAACAAUAUGUCGACUCAGCCAUUGGUCGAUCGACAGAAAAAUAAUCGCCAUCUAUUUUGAUAGUCAAUUAAUCAUUUAAGUCAUUUUUCAUGCAACAAGGACAGAAAAUGCUGUUUUCAGUCUCAAAGAUUUGGAGAUUUCUUGCUUUCCUCUGUUUUCUGUAAUACUAAAACUGAACAACAUAUUUACAGACUUGGACUUUAAGAAACUGAGACGGACAUUUUUCACUAUUUGUUUUAGACCAAACGAUUAAUCAAAAAUAUAAUCUGCAGAUUAAUCGAUAAAAAAAUAAUUGUUAGUUGUUAAAAAAGUGCAUUUGAUGGGGACUAUUUUCAGCCGUUGAUAAAUACACAUGUGGUACACAAGUGAGUAUUUACAGCGCUGAUACAGUGCUUCUGGGAUUGAUUCAGAAUGAACUAUGAGGGCCGACCUUGUUCAUAGUAGUGAAGAACACGUCACCCAGUGCAACUGUGGGGCUUGCUGUAAUAGCUUUAGAGGUAGCUGUGACGAUAAUAACUCAUAGCAGGCUUUGGCUAUGCAGAAUUGUUAGUAGGAUCAAUUUUAGUCUUUUCAUGGGAUUUGUUAACAAGAAAAAUAUUAAAUAUUGCUAACCUUAUUCUGUAAUUGCUGACUCCAAUAUACACUGCAGUGGGCAGAUUCAAACAGCAGAGUGUGCUCAUGGUCUUUGUUGACGAGAGAGGGAGAGACCUCGAGAAUAUCUUUCUUUUGGACUUAAAUUGGUGGAUUUUUGGAUUUAUUAUUGUGAAAAUAAGAACACUGACUUGUAAAUAUGAGUUUUGACCGAGAGCCCCUUGUAACAUCACACACAGGAUAGAGGAGAAUGUAAAUAGGACAUUUUAUCUUAUUGUUUCAUUUCGGAAGAAAUGUGGAACAACGUGUGAGCCAGUGAUGUUGUGUUUGAUCACUUUUUGUUGAAGUUUUGUAUUUUUCUGAUGUAGUCAGUGAUGAGUUAAUAAAAAGAAAACGUUUCUGGUC